AUGGCUCGCUUACGACAAGGCACUCACUUCUUGGGCCUCAUCAUCGGGGUCGCUCUAUGCGUACUCAACUCUUCGUUAUUUGUUCAGCCCAGUACGCAAACUUCAACAGCAGCUAACACUGCGUUGGUUGGGUCUGUUCGAGGCGGGAAUCUGCGCCAUUCUGCGAUCGCGUCAAGCCUUCAAACGUCAUCCUCUCCCUAUUUGUCGGGUCUGGCCAUAGCCGCAGUCGGGCUGGGCCUCAUCACGUUUACUCGGGCCGUUCGCCGGAAGGCACUACCCGAGAGAUAUCAGCUCACGGACGCCGAUACUGGCGAGCACAGAUCGUUUUGGCAUGAUAUACCCCUGCGUGGAAGCGAAGGGAAGUUCAUGUUCGUGACGGAGAUACCGCGAGGAGUGCUCGCUCGGUACGAGCUGGAGCCGGACACGUCAGAUAUUGCGAAUGAUCCUCGUGGGACCACGGCGUUAAAGAAGUUGGGAGAAGGACCAUGCUUCAAUUACGGAUUUCUACCACAGACGUGGUCGGAUCCCAUAGACUGGCAUGACAAAAUCACUGGGCUCAAGGGUGAUGGUGAUCCACUCGACCUCAUAGAGAUUUCGGGUAAGCAUUUCAGUCCGGGUGAGGUAGCUCAAGUACAAGUGCUCGGAGCCGUGUGCUUGAUUGACGAGGGAGCAGCGGAUUGGAAACUAAUCGGGACAGCGUGCUGCAAAGCUCUCACAGAUGAGGAAGUAGCACGAGAAAUGGAGAAGGUCAAGGCAUGGAUGGAUGGCUAUAAGGCGCUAUUCGCUAAGGAACCCACACGUAAGGAAAUGGUAGAGUUCAGUGACCGAGUAUUGGACAUGCUUCAGAGUGGUAUCUCAACGGCAUGA